AUGCUGACGCUCACUCUCACAACCCUACUGUCCUGGAGCAUGUCCAUGGCAGGUCUACCAUCAAGCAUGGCAUCCGCACCACUCAACAACAAGGCCACUAACCGAAUCCCUGCAAUGUCGGACGUCACCUGGGGCCGCCGCGCAAGAGCGACCACAAUCGACGGCAUCGUGGCCGCAGCGAUCGUCCUGGUGGUCCCGUUCUGGAUGAACAUGGAUCGCAUCGCGCUCCGAUAUUUCGACGGAUCACUCUCGUCAGCAACGAGCGCACUGUGGGAAGAAGGCGUUAUCGAUUUCGCCUUCAACUACUAUCCACGUCCCUCCAGGACAGCAAUUGCGGGAUACACUGCUUGGAUUAUCUUCCAGGCUGUGCUGUACGUUAGCUUGCCAGGACGACCAUGUAGAAGUCAGCGUACGCCUGGUGGGCAGCUGCUUGAGUAUACUGCGAACGGUCUGCUAGCUUGGGUAGUCACGCAUGUCCUGUUCCUGGCAGCGGCCCUGAUGUGGGUCUUCAAAAUGAGCGUCGUCGCUGACCAUUGGGAUGGCUUGGUCGUCGCAAUGGAUGCGUAUGGCAUCUUCGUUUCUGCGGCAUCGCUGCUCAAAGGGCACUUUGCUCCAUCGUUCGUUGGGGACCGCAAGCUAAGUAGCUCCAUACCCUUCGACUUCUUCUCCGGCGUGGAGCUCAAUCCUCGCCUCGGAAAGUCUUUCGACAUCAAGUUCUUCCACAACGGUCGUGCCGGUAUCGUGGGCUGGACUUUGAUCAACGCCUCCUUCGCAGCAUUCCAGUACAAUGUCCAUGGGUACGUGAGCAACUCCAUGCUAGUCGGUAAUGUCCUGCAAGCCAUCUACGUGGUCGACUUCUUCAUCAACGAAGACUGGUACCUCCGGACCGUCGACAUCGCCCACGAUCACUUUGGCUUCUACCUAGCAUACGGGACAACGAGCUUUCUGCCACAGCUGUACACGAUCCAAGCACAGUAUUUGGCUCGGUACCCAACACAACUUGACACCUUGCAGGCGCUGGGCGCUCUCGUCCUUGGUGUAUCAGGCUAUGCUCUGUUUCGUUCAGCGAACUGGCAGAAAGACGUCGUGCGGCGUACCGAUGGAGCAACGACGAUCUGGGGCGAGUCGGCCAAGGUAGUACGCACGAAGUACCACACAAGCGACGGCAAAGAGCACGAUGGGCUUCUUCUCGCAUGUGGCUGGUGGGGCGUCUGUCGGCACAUCAACUAUCUGGCCGAUCUCAUUCAGACUUUCGCCAUGUGUAUCGUGUGCGGGUUCGAUCAUCUUCUGCCUUGGUUGCACAUGCUGUGGAUGUGCCUGCUGCUUCUCAAUCGACUGCAGAGAGACGAGAGGAGGUGCAGAGCGAAGUACGGCAAGCAGUGGGAGAAGUACUGCGAGAAAGCACGCUACCGUUUGGUUCCUGGCAUAUGGUAG